AUGCUCACAAUUACUUACGGGUCGCGUCCCGAUCGUAGAGGUGUUAAAUUGUCAUUCUUCCUUAAGCGGAAGAAACAUCCGCCGAGAAGGGGUUUGUGUCUCCUAUCAGAAUUUUCGCUCCAAACGACAUCUUGGGGACCUGGAACCCCCUUGACAGUGAUUUAA